AUGUCACUUCCAGAUAAAGUUGAACUUGCUAUUCGUCAAAUUGAAAACCAAUUCUACAUUGACGAUGAUUACCUUAUUAAAGCAUCAGACUAUUUCCUUCAACAAAUGGAUGCUGGUUUAAAGGCUCCCAAACAAUCGAGGGAAAAUAUGCCCAUGAUUCCUGCUCAUGUCUCCAAGAUUCCUACUGGUAAGGAGACGGGAUUAUUCUUGGCUGCCGAUUUAGGAGGUACCAAUUUCAGAGUUUGUUCCAUUGAUUUAAAAGGUGAUCAUACUUUUGAAUUGAGACAAAGCAAAUACAGAAUCCCACCUGAAUUAAUGAAGUGUAAGAAGGCUGAUGAUUUGUUUAAAUAUUUGGCUUCUAAAAUUGAUACUUUUCUUGAAGAACAUCAUAAUGAUGCUAGAGCUAAAACUGCAGAACCAUUAAAGUUGGGUUUCACUUUUUCAUUCCCAGUAGACCAAACUGCUUUGGGUCAUGGUACGUUGAUUAGAUGGACAAAGGGGUUUGAUAUUCCCGAUGCAGUCGAUAGAGAUGUCGUUGACUUGUUACAAGCAAACUUGACAGUAUUGGAAGUCAAUGUCAAUGUUGUUGCCUUGGCCAAUGACACUGUAGGAACCUUGUUGUCAAGAGCUUAUCAAAAUAAUCCUAAAUUGACCAAUUCACAUACAAUGAUUGGCUGUAUAUUUGGCACUGGUACCAAUGGGGCUUAUUACGAAACCAUUGAAAACAUUCCCAAAUUAACCAAUCCUCCAAAAGGAUGUCAAGGUAUGGUUAUAAAUACUGAAUGGGGGUCAUUUGACAAUACAUUGAAAAUCUUGCCCAGUACUUUAUUUGAUGAAAUUGUCGAUAAAGAAACUGCCAAUAAAGGAUAUCAUUUAUUUGAAAAGAGAAUUAGUGGAAUGUUUCUUGGUGAAAUUUUAAGAGUUGUUUUGUUGGAACUAUUUGAACGAGGAUUAAUUUUCCAAGAAUUAUACAAGGAAAGAGGUGGUAGUUUACCUCAUAGAAUCAUUGAACCUUGGUUAUUAGAUGCAGAAGUUUUGUCAUAUAUUCAAAUUGAUGAUUCAACUGAUUUGAAAAUGUCAGAAUUGAUUUUACAAAAUACAUUGAGAUUACCAACAACUAAAUAUGAACGAAUUGUUAUUCAAAGAUUAACUAGAGCCAUCUCCAAUAGAGCUGCUAAAUUGUCGGCUAUUCCAUUGGCCACCAUUAUUCGUAGGGUUAAAGACCAAUACAAGGAUGAUGAUAAGGAUUUGGAAGUUGGGUGUGAUGGAUCAGUUGUUGAAUUUUACCCCGGUUUCAAAGAUGCUAUAUUGAAGGCCAUCGAAGUGAUUAAUCCAUUGGAAGGAACUCAUAAAAAGGUUUAUUUGAGAAUCGCAAAAGAUGGAUCUGGUGUUGGUGCUGCCUUGUGUGCUGCAAUGGCUUAA